AUGGCUUCUGUUCUCGCCGACGUGGUCGAUUUGACCAUGGAGACGUCGUCAUCCGAGAGCGGUUUGACUGCCGACGAAGUCGUGGUCGUGGCCAGCCGCCAAGUCUCGAUGAGUUUUAAAGAUGACGAGCAUGUUCAAGCAUCGCAAUCGUUUUUAUCGCCAUCGAAGCCGCAGUUGCGCAACGGGCCAUUGGCUGUGAGGCCGGACAAGACACGGAGCCCCUUGUCAUCGGUCCCAUCGAAGAGACGAACCCCCGAUGCGUCACCUGUUCGCAGGUCCGCACGAGCCAGCGAUGACACUCCGCCACGGGCCACCCGCUUUUCUAUCCGCGAUGAAGUCCGCGACUCGCAAUCUCCUCCGCCCAGCAUCAAGCCCAGCGCCACCCACCAACAACCUCCUACCCCGCAACCCUCGACCCGGCCGUCCCGAGGCCAACAGACGCCCAACAUGCAGACGCCAAAGAGGGCGGUUUGGACAGUUGAAAAAAUAACGAACGCCCUGACUGAGCUUUCGGAGCAAGUCGGCCAAGGGCAUGCGCGCCUCGUCGAUUAUGUUCUCGAAGAAGCCGAGAAAAAGGCUCGCGAGCCCAGCCAUUUUAGCAAGGUCGAUCAUUUUGCCAGCAUGCAAUCAAUAGCGUUCGAUAGCGCUGCUUCGCCACCUCCGAAGAUAGAGACCAUGGGUGUCAAGUUCAAGCAACACAGUGGAGAGUAUGGCAAGUCAAGGGGCAGCGGGCGCCGCGCUGUAGUCCCCGUCCUCUGUAUCAAACCCGACAAGGAACCCGUCCCGGGGUACCGGUUCCACCACGUGGAAAUCCGCAAGAACAUCCUCGCACCAAACUCGAUGCUGAACUUCGUCCCUCAUCUUCGCGACGUCGACCCGAAUUCGGAGGAGGAACAAAAGUAUAGCAAUUGGCUCAGGGACCUCGAGAGUCUCGACAACCAGUCCGGGUUCCAGCCUCAGAACCGGGCGCAGAAGCUAGCGAAGAGGGCACAGAAUGAAUACGCAGCGACCCUUGCCCCCGAGGGCAUCGGCUCACCCCACGCGGCGCGGGCAGCGAAGCUUUUUACCGAGGCUUUUGACCGCGUCUUCAAUGAUAAGAAGAGCUACAGGCGUGUCGCCCUGCGCGACAUUUUAAUGCUGGACAAGUCUGUGGAGCCCAUCUUGGACAACAAGAGGGCAAAGGACGGACCAAGCUCGCAGAAGCUCGAGGACGAGGACUUGAUGUCCAAGAUCGGGGAGUCAUUGGGGAGUUACUCUAUUCUUGGUUGCCUCAUCUGCUUCAGUCACGACUGUGAGCAUGGCGAAAUCGAGCGAGAUAAUCAGAAGCGGUGCUUCUCGCUUGAGGAAAUCGGAGGGCUCGCCCCUACCCUCAGGAAUAAGUGGGCAGCGCAACUCGAGGCCCAGAAAACUGGCCAGACCAACGGCGUAGCCCAGAGGCCGACGCAUCAACCAUGCAGGAACCAGUGCUACCGAAGCUACAACACCGGCGACCCAGACCAGGACGUCGAGCCUUGGUCCGCGGAUGAUGUGAGCGUGCUCGAAGGGAUCUUCGCGGCCAUUGGCUAUAGCACGACGCUGAAAGCCGAGUGCUUCGUUGGCGCUGUGCUCGGGCGCUACUGCUGGGAUGUUCACCGCAAGCUCCUGGAGCUAAACCUGACUCUACCUCCCGUCGAGCCGCGUGCUGAGUCACUCAAACCCAAGGCGAUACCAUGGUACGAUCGUAAGAAGAAGCAGUUAUUGGGCGACUGGCAGGAUGCCACCAUCACCCACGAGCACGCUGUGCGCGAACUAUUCGCGCCAUGCCACCACGACGGGCCCUGUACCGCAGCGAACGGCUGCCCUUGCGCGUCGGCAGGCUCCCACCCGGUACUAUGUGAGCGGUUCUGCCUCUGCACUGCGGAGGAGUGCUCCCUGAAGUUCACCGGGUGUGCCUGCCACUCGUCUGGCAAGACUUGUCUCCAGCGGCAAAAAGAAGGGAAGCCUUGCAUCUGUAUACAGCUCAACCGCGAGUGCGACCCUAUGCUCUGUAAAGGCUGCGGCGCCAGGGAGAGGGCCGACCCGGAGAAUGCAUACGACGACCAGCUUCACUCUACGGGAUGCCAAAACGUCGCCAUGCAACGUGGGGCGCCAAAGGCGGUCCUGCUUGGCAAAUCCCAGCUCGAAGCAUGCGGCUAUGGCCUCUUUGCGGCCGAGGACAUUGCUCAAGACGAGUUCGUCAUUGAGUACACCGGCGAGCUUAUUAGCCACGAUGAGGGCGUACGUCGCGAACAUCGUCGGGGCGACGUCUUUGACGAAGAUAACAAGGUUUCAUACCUGUUUACUUUGCUCGAACAAGAAGGUAUCUGGGUUGAUGCUGCCAUGUAUGGCAACCUCAGCCGUUACAUAAACCAUGCCUCGGGCAAUUGCAACAUUAUGCCCAGGAUCAUGUACGUCAAUCAUGAGUUCCGGAUCAAAUUCCUGGCCAUCCGAGACAUCAAAGCAGGCGAAGAGCUGUUCUUCAACUACGGAGACAAUUUCCCCAACCUCACAAAGAAACUUGUUGAGCGCAGCAACGAGAAAGCCGGCGAAAGCGGCGAUAAAGCCGCCACACAAAAGCGUAAGAACAACGCCCAGCGUCCCACCGCACGCAAGACAACAUCCAAGGCGAAUGGCGAGGGUAUCGGUUUCGCCCCUGACGCACGCAGCGAUGAAGAGGAUCCAUGGUUCGGAGAUUUACCCGUGGUAGAGGACGACGACGUAGGCGACGACUGGUCCGACCAUGGUCGCAAGCGACGCAAGAAGCGGGGUGGCAGGCGACCGGGAGCUGGCCGAAAGAAGAAGCAGACGCAGCCGCCUACCGCAGCGGAAGCCGGCGACGACGUCAGCCCAGGCUCGCAGCUUCGCACCGAAAGCAACAACAUCAAAGGCGAGAGCACUCAGCCCACCACGCCAACCCGGCGCCGGGUCUUGAAACGCUCCUAUUCGGCCAUGCUCAACCCACUCCAGAGUCUCUCGGGGUCCGACGCCGGGUCUGCGGUCGCCGCAGAACCCGUCAAGAAAGUGUCCAAGCGCGGUGGCGCCCGUCCGGGCGCUGGCCGCAAGCCGAAACAUCGCCCGUCGGGCGCACACAAAUCAGGUCACAAGGCGUCUGCCCACGCGAGCCAGAGCAGCUUCAGCAGCCUCAACAAUGACACGGACAAGUCUACUCCUAAGAGGGACCAGGCUACCGAGUCAACACCGAAGAAGGCUGAGAAGAGCGCCCUGACUACGCCGAAGAACGACUCCCGUAGCAAGGCCCCCGGCUCGGGGGCGGGCCGGAGGCGCAGAGGGGCCGACACCGAAGCCGAAGACGCGAACGGCAGCGGCAACGUCGCAGAUACACCAGGCUUGUACAGUCAGAAUAUGUUCCGGCCGAUGAGUGACACGGGCUCGGUAGCCGGGAGCAGGGGGAGCAGAGGGAGCCUGCGCGGCAGUCAAAGGGACACUGGUGACGACGACGACGACGACGACGAUGUGGUGGAUAGGUCGGCUAGGAAGAGACAAAAGCCACUGCGGUAUAGGGACGAAAAGGAGUAG